GUUGUGUACACCUACUGCGUAACGCUGCCGUUCAAACCAUGCACUUGGCUACCAGCCGUCACCAUGAAAAGGCUCAAACCCACGCCAGUGUUUGAUUCCAAAACGGCGAAUAUUAAAUACACAAAUGAGAAGCCAGCAUUGCCAGUGAAGAAAGAAACUCCAGAUAUUAAUACAGGAACCAACUUUCUAGAUAUAUUAAAUUCACCUGCAAGCCAAGCAGAGGUUACGAAGUCAGACCAACUGCGAAGAGAAACAACACAGCCAAAAACGCUGUCGCCUCCUUCCCUUCUGUCAGCAUCAGCACCGCCAUUGCCACCUACCUCGCCACUUCCCCCACCACCAUCGUUUGCACCUCCGCCACCACCCAGGUUUGAACCCCCGUCACAUCCCGCGUCGCUCGUUGAAAAACAAGAGGAGCGGAAAACCGAUGUGUUUACAGAACUUGAUAUCCAACCUCAAUUUAUGAUGGGUUCACGUGACGAUGAAACAAUGGAGUCUGACAUCUCAACAACAGAUGACCGACAUCCCCUGGCGGAAAGUUCGCCCCAAGAAAGGCGGCGAGGAGGUGGUCACCGACCGGAUUUCACUCUGAAAGGAAGUGUGCGAUUUCCUGUUCAACCAGAGAACAGAGUAUCGAGCAUUUAUGAU